UUGCACUCUCCCUUUGGCGCCAAUUCAGUCGUAAACCCUGCCCGCCCAGCCGCCCUACAUCAGCCCCCGCCUCGCCUCUCCUGCUACCUCCGCCACCAAAAUGCAGAGGCAGAAGUCAAUACUGGCCUUCCUCAAAAAGCCCAACCCUGUCGGGGAGAAAAACGCCAUUCUCGAUGUUUCCGAUGAAGAAAUCAAAGGAACAGAUACUCCGCCAGAGAAGGUGCCGCGCCAGAUCCUUUCUGAUGGCCCGUCUUCACUCUUUUCCAGUAUUAAGCAUAAGUUCGCAAAAGUCGAUAGCAGUUUAAGUUCUUCAUUCCACGCCAGGAUGGAAGUUGAAAAUAUUCCCAGCAUCAAUUUUCUGCCCCCAAAACAUGAUAGACCAGAAAAUUUAGGCAACUCAUGUGCUGCUCCCAAGCAACACAGCAAGCAAGAUCUCUGUUGUGUUGGCAAAAUAAUAAAUGACAACGAGAAUAAGACUUGUUCAAAGCUAAAUACUCUUGAGGAUGAUGCUCCUGGGCCAAACACUCCUGGGAUGAAACUAUUUGUUCCUAGAUUGAAAAGAGUUCAAGAGGAUAUUUGCAAUUUUAAGGAGAGGGCUGAUUGUUCUUCACUAGGCGACAAUAAGAGGACGAAACUUGUGCAGGCUACUGAUGUUUUAAAGAGAAAUGAUGAUGAGAAAUCUGAAACUGAUAGCAAGUUUGAAUGGCUUCAUCCAUCUCGAAUCAAGGAUGCCAAUGGGAGAAAGCUAGGGGAUCCUCUUUAUGAUAAGAAAACACUUUACAUCCCCCCUGAUGCUUUGAAAAAGAUGUCAGCAUCUCAAAGACAGUAUUGGGACGUCAAGUGUCGAUACUUGGAUGUGGUUCUGUUCUUUAAAGUGGGUAAAUUCUAUGAGCUUUAUGAAAUGGAUGCUGAAAUUGGUCAUAAGGAACUUGAUUGGAAAAUAACGCUAAGCGGUGUGGGUAAGUGCCGCCAGGUUGGUGUGUCUGAGAGUGGAAUUGAUGAUGCUGUUCAGAAGUUGGUAGCUCGGGGGUACAAAGUUGGUCGAAUAGAACAGUUGGAGACAUCACAGCAAGCAAAAUCCCGGGGUUCAACAUCUGUUAUUCAAAGAAAGUUGACUCAUGUACUCACUCCUGCCACAUCAUGUGACGGGAAUAUUGGUCCUGAUGCAAUUCAUCUUCUUGCGAUAAAAGAGGAUAGCCUGGGGAGGAAUGGUUCAACACGUUUUGGGUUUGCAUUUGUGGAUUGUGCUGCUUUAAAGUUCUGGGUUGGUUCUAUCACUGAUGAUGCUUCAUGUGCAGCUUUGGGAGCUUUGCUAGUGCAAGUGUCGCCAAGGGAAAUUCUUUAUGAAAGUCGAGGACUGUCCAAAGAAGCUCAAAGAACACUUAAAAAGUAUAAUUUGACAGGAGUGGCUCCGUCUCUAUUGAAUCCAAGUGAUACUUUUGGCGAAGCUUUGGAAGUUGAAAGUACCAUUGAGAAAGAUAAACACUUUAAUGGCUCGUCUAAUAAAUGGAAUCGCAUAGUCGAUGGGAUUAUGCACCGGAAUCUUGCAUUAUGUGCACUGGGUGGACUUAUCAGUCAUCUAAAGCGGCUGAUGCUAAAUGAUGUCAUUCGUAAUGGAGAUAUUUUUUCGUAUGAAGUCUAUAGAGGUUUCCUCAGAAUGGAUGGUCAGACGAUGGUAAAUCUGGAGAUAUUUAAUAAUAAUGCUGAUGGUGGUGCUUCAGGCACUCUGUACAAGUAUCUUAAUAAUUGCAUUACAACAUUUGGUAAGCGAUUAUUGAGGAACUGGAUGUGCCAUCCUCUUCAAGAUGUAGAAAAAAUUAACAUGCGGCUGGAUGUGGUUGAGAAGUUAAUGGAAAAUUCAGAAAUUGUGCUACAAAUUGCUCAAUCUCUUCGGAAGCUUCCAGAUUUGGACAGGUUGCUUGGACGUGUAAAGUGCAGCUCUCAGUCUUCUUCCUUAAUAUUGCUACCUUUAAUUGGCAGCAAGAUACUGAAACAGCGGGUAAAAGUUUUUGGGACUCUUGUGAAAGGACUGCAAAUUGGCAUGGGGAUGUUGAGGACCUUGCAAACAGAUGAACUCUUUACCAAAUUACUAUCAAAAGCUGUAACCCUACCAACAUUAAGUGGACAUGACGGGCUGGAUAAAUACCUUGCUCAAGUUGAUGCAGCAAUAGAUAGUGACUUUCCGGAUUACCAGAAUCAUAAUGUUACAGACUCAGAAGCUGAAACAUUAUCUAUUUUGAUAGAAUUGUUUAUGGAGAAGGGGGCUGAAUGGUCCCAAAUGAUAUAUGCCAUUAGUUGCAUUGAUGUACUGAGAUCUUUUGCUAUAUCUGCAAUUUCUGCAUCUGGAGCAAUUUGUAGACCUACAGUUCUGCCUCACUCGAAAGCGACAAAUUCUUCUGUGGAGGCUGUGUGCCCUAUACUGUCUAUGAAAGGUCUAUGGCAUCCUUAUGCACUUGGAGAAAAUGGUGGAUUGCCUGUUCCAAAUGAUGUUCACCUUGGCGGAGAUGGAAGUAAUGAACAUCCAGGCGCAUUGUUGUUAACUGGGCCAAAUAUGGGUGGGAAAUCUACUCUGUUACGUGCAACUUGUCUUGCAGUCAUAAUUGCUCAGUUGGGCUGCUUUGUGCCUUGUGAAUCGUGCACACUAUCAGUGGCGGACACUAUAUUUACUAGACUAGGCGCAACAGAUCGAAUCAUGACAGGCGAGAGCACCUUUCUGAUUGAGUGCACAGAGACGGCAUCAGUUUUGCAGAACGCUACAGAGAAUUCGCUUGUUCUUCUUGAUGAAUUGGGCAGAGGAACAAGCACUUUUGAUGGAUAUGCUAUUGCAUAUGCUGUAUUUCGUCAUCUUAUCGAGUCAGUGAAGUGCCGUCUACUAUUUGCGACCCAUUACCACCCUCUCACAAAGGAGUUCGCCUCCCAUCCUCGUGUAAAGCUGCAACACAUGGCCUGUUGUUUCGACCCGACAUCAGACCAUCAUCGCCUGGUCUUUCUCUACAAACUAGUCUCGGGAGCAAGCCCGGAGAGCUACGGGAUGCAGGUAGCGCAGAUGGCCGGGAUUCCGAGGCCGGUGAUCGAAGCAGCGGGAAAAGCGAGGGGAGUUAUGAAGGAAAUGGUUGGAGAAAGCUUCAGGUCGAGCGAGGAAAGGGACAAGUUCUCGACGAUGCAUGAAGAGUGGAUGAAAUCGGUGGUCUCUGUUUCAAAGAUUAAGGUAAAUGAAUCCUUGUCCGACAAUAAUGAUUCAUUGGAUUCCUUAUUUUGUCUGUGGCAUGAAGUGAAAUCAUCGUUUAUCAAGUAGGUAGAUUAGAUCAUAUUAGAUCCUAUUCUUGUUUUGCACCGC